AGUAUUACUGUUAUACCAUGGCAAGUUAUUAAGCAGACAGUCUAAUGACUGCUAGUUGACAUAUAGUUGCAAAGUUACUUACUGUUACUAGAAUGUUUACAGUGGACAAUCAAAAUAAAGUGUUAUACCUUUUUUUCUUUUCACCAAAUGUUUAAUCAUGACCAGUCCUUGUGAAACAAAACUAUAAUACCUGCACAUUUGCAUUUACAUUUACAACAGUACAUCACUCCCUCAUACAUAAAAUAACACUUAAAGCCAUUUUUAAUUUCAGGUGUUACACUCUGGGAUAAGAAAUCAUUGAGUGAAAAUUUGGACACUCGUCAACAGACCCAGACAAAUCUGCUGUUCAGUAGCACUGAUUCUCUCUCUAGUAAGUCCAACCUCCUGGGUGUAAGUGCUUCCCUGAAGGCCAGUUUCUUGGGGGGGCUUGUGGAUGUGGGAGGAUCUGGCAAGUUCCUGCAUGACACCAAAUCCUCAAAUCAAUAGUCCAGAGUUACAAUGUAUUACAGAGAAACCGCAAAAUAUGAAUAGCUCACUAUGUCCCAGCUGGGCCAGUUCAUCUACCCUGAGGUGUUUGACAAGAAAACUGCAACUCAUGUGGUCACGGCAGUACAGUAUGGAGCUCAGGCCCUCAUGGUGUUUGAUCGGACAUUUUCAGAAGACGAGAACAAGCAGGAGAUUGAGGGAGAACUGAAUAUCAUGUUCAAGAACAUCCCUUCAUUUUCAAUUGAUGCAGAAGCAUCUGGCAGUAUGAAAGAACAUGAAAAGAAAAAGGCUGAGAAAAUCACCUGCAUAUUUCAUGGGGAUGUCCUACUUGAGGAGAACCCCACCACAUACAUGGAAUCCAUUGAGAUAUACAAGAAGCUCCGCAUUCUGCUGAAGGAGAAUCCACAGAAUAUGGUUCCAAUAAAAGUCUGGCUCCAUCCUCUUCAUCUGUUAGAGAACAAAGCAGCUCGGCUCGAUAGAAAAAUGACCACAAGUCUGAUUUCUGACGCUGAUCAUAUAAUCAAGGAGCUUGGAGAGGCAGAGAGGACACACAAUGACCUGUGAAUUGGUCAAUGCUCUUAGUGACAUCAAAGAGAGACUGCAAUUAUUUAAUAAAUCAUUUUGCAUGUACAAGACAAUGUUCAUAGAAGCAGUCGGCAGGGUCUUGCCUGUUAUUCAAAGAGGAAUGGAAGAGGAAAAUUUCUGGAAGACAUCCUGAAGAUCCACAGGAGCUCCCCAUUCAGUGCUGAUAUGCUUAAGUCGUGGUUAAAUGAUGCAAGGUCUGAACUUCUCAUCUUGAGUUCUUACAUCAAGAUGCUACAGGGGAUCGAUAUCAAAUACUCAGUUGAUCUCACUACCACCUUAUUUGAUCCUGAAGUUGAUGCAGUGGUGGGCUUGACCUUCACAUGUCUGAAGUAUAAAGACUCAUAUAUUUCAAGCCUGAAGGAGUAUAUUGAAUCUGACAAGUUUAAAGAGCUAGAAGAGAGUAAAACUUUUUCUGUUAAAUCUGUUCAAAAGUGGUUCAAUGAACACCGCUGGAGUGAUGCUGGGUUAAAGUGGUUUAAUGAACGCAGUGAGAGUGAUACUGGGUUUUCUGUGAAAUCUGUCACAAAGUGGUUCAAUGAUAACAGUGUCUCAAUGAACAUAAGAGAGAACUUGUCUCAAUUCAGGUGGUUUGCAGAGGCCAAUAAAUAUGAAAAGAGAAUCCACUUCAGUAUUUCUGCCAUCUCCAAUCCCAACAUUGCAGGCUCCUCCAUCUAUCUCUAUGAAAAAGGGAAACUGACAGAAAAACAGUUCAAGUCUGUGUCCAACCCCGCCACCCCCACCAAUAGUGAAAAAUGUAUGGGACCAAGCUGUGUACCUUAAACUGCAGAAGUCUUCAUCUAGAGACAGAGUGCAGUACAGAGUGGAAUACAAGCGGGUGAAACCACAUUCUGGAGCUGAGGAACCAUGGCCUCAUAUUGACACAUAUGAAGAAUUGGAGUCUGGAAAGCAUUACCUGAUCCGCUGCAGGAUUGUUCACCCCUUAGAGCUGCUCCAUCUUUAUCGGUUUUUAAAUCCCUUCUGAAAACUCAAUUGUUUUCUGAAGCAUUUGCUAAUUAAUUGUUGCAUAGCAUUAAUUGUAGCAUAUUUUAUUUUAUCUAUGAUCAAUAUGUUGUACAGCACUUUGGUCAGUCAUGUGAUUGUUUUAAAUGUGCUUUAUAAAUAAAAGAACUAGAACUAGAACUAUAUGGCAGACUGUCGCUGCACAUGUUGCACAAAGCUGUAGUUGAAUCUACUUUUUAAAGAUUUUACAGAUAUACAGAUACCUGCAUGCUUCCAAAACCAUGACGAGAAUGGUUUUAAUUAGGACAUAUGCCUAUUGUUGAAAUAUAUGAUGAGGAAAAAUAACACUGUUGAGUUAUUAAUAAUAUCACCAAUGUUUUGGAAAAAGGAUCAUCUAAAAGGACUAUUAGUAUCUCAAAUAACCCAAAGAGCAUUGCAUUUCAGAUGAAACUGAAGCGCAAAUAAACACUGGUGAACUGAAGUGCUUUGCAAGUGGAUUAAUAAACUCAAACAAAUACAUCAUAUGUCCAUAUGAAUUACCAAUCAGAAUAAAAUAAAUGUAUAUCAUCCUUUUCUAGAUUGAUCGUCCGAGUAUGAGUACAUGUGCACAUCCUUAAUCCAAAGCAAUUUACAGCUGGAUAAUACUGUUGUUAACUGAUUAAUCUUAAGAAGACAUGAGAAGUGCCAGUAAUGCAUAGAUUCAGUCAUUGUUCAGACAGUAUAAGCUACAACAGAAUGAGUUUAAUAAUAGUGCAGACAUAUUUAAGAAACAGAUUUUUUUUUUAAGAUGUAAUAAAGUGCUCAUGGAAAAGAUACGUCUUUUUUUUUUUAUUUGUUCUUGAAAAUUGUUAGGGAUUCAGCUGUUUGGAUGGAACUGAGAAGAUCAAUCCAGCAGCAAGGAAGAGAGAUUUUGUGGCUCUGUUUGAUGGAACCUCAGAUGCAACUCACUCACUGACAGCAGCCUAGUGGAGGGGAUACAGACUUCUAGGAGAGUAGUGGUAGAAGGGUGCAGAACUUGUUAA